CACACCUCUUCAUAGCCUUUUAGAUUGGCCUUUGAAGGAUUGGUGAACGGUCCGGCGCCAUGCCAAUGCUGCUGCUUUACGUUCACUUGCUUGUCUCUCACUCUCACCUCGCCCAGGGGUCUCCUCCCUCCACGCCACGCUCCCGCGCGCUGCGUCCGAUGCUCCAGGUAGCGAGGGCUCCCGCAUCUACGUGAUGCGCUGGCGCCCGUCCCCACGCCCUGAAAGCGAAAUCAUUUGCCCCGAGGUGGUGGGCGACUCCAGCAUCGCGCCGGGCGUCGCCAGCUUCGCGCUGACGCCCGCGGCGGCCGGCGCCUCGCUGGAGCCGUUGAUCCGCUUCGCGCGGAAGACGCUGCACGAGGAGCGCCACCGCUGGGGGGAGAUCCCCCUCUUCCUCCGCGCAACCGCUGGGAUGCGUUUGCUUUUCCCGGAUGAGCGCGAGAGCAUCCUAGAAAACAUCCGGACCUACUUUCGGACCCUGCCCUUCCUAUUCCGCGAUGACAUGGCCUCAGUAGCCACUGGAGAGGAGGAGGGCGUCUUUGGGUGGAUCUCUGCGAACUAUUUGAUGGGCAACCUCAAGCCAGACGAGGUGCCCAGCUCCCACAGCACGGUGGGCUCGCUGGACCUCGGUGGUGCCUCUACACAAAUCGUCUUCAUGCCGCAGAAGUCUACCAUCCAGCAUGCCUUCCCGCUUCAUUUAGGCCCUCAUCGGGUGCAGGUGUAUUCCUACUCCUUCCUUCACUUCGGGCAGCGCGAGGCGGCGCACCGCACGGCCAGCACGGUCAUCUCCGAUGCGCUCCUGGCGGUGCAAUCGGAGACCACCGUGAGCCAUCCCUGCUUCGCGAAAGGCUACAUCUACACGCCCAUGUUCUCGUACAGCGGAGAGACCUUCGCACCCAUUCAGGUGAAGAUGAAUGGCACGAGCGACUUCCAGGGCUGUGAGGACUUGGUGAAGCGAAUCUUCAACAAAGAUGCACCCUGCCUCAUUGAGCGCUGUUCCUUCUACGGCGUCUACCAACCGCGGGUCUAUGCCGUGCCCUUUUUGGCCUUUGCUCACUUCGCGGAGAUUGUGAAUGACUUGGGGCUCCCAGCGGAUGCACAGUUGGAGGACUUGAAAACGGCCACCCGCUACGUUUGCUCGCUGACUAUGCGACAGCUGGAGAUGCUCUUCGCGCGUGUGACUGAUGAGUACGUGCGGACACAUCUCUGUUUCCAUGCGACCUUUGCUUACACCUUGCUGCACUAUGGCUAUGAGCUAAAGGAAAACCAGAUCACAUUCAAGUCCACGCAUGGCGGCAAGCCCAUCGAUUGGGCCGUAGGCGCCAUGAUCUACGAGAUCAACCAGGACCCGUCUCUCUCCAGCUUUACAGCCGUGAAUGCUUCAAGCAAAACGCCGGCCGCGCGCAUGGUCUGAGCGGUUUCCUCUUGGUUUUAACUGCUGGCGGGCAUGGAGAUGCAGAGACGGAACGUUCGGA